UGAUUUCUGCAUUUUACCACUUUUUUGAUGGAAGAGGAGGACUAACCCAGAAGUGAACUCUGCAGUUAAACAAGAAACUCUCAUUAAAUAAUUUGGCUCCUUUCAAAAACAGCACCCCAGUCUAGAAGACCUUUAAAGAGAAGAGAAUACUUUUCGAUUUUGCUCUUUCAAUUUCACUUCUUCAGCACAUAAACGGUGAACAGCAAAGACACUGAUGCAGUUGUCUGCCAUUGAGCUUCGUGUCAAAUAGCAUUUAUUUAGUUCCUUGGAGGGGAACCUAAGUUACAUGAAGUGAAAAGUAUCAAGACAUUCAUUUUUAAGAACUUUAGCACCGUGGAUUUUUUUUAGCAACUGUACAUAUAAUGAAAAUGAAGCUUAUAUUUUAAGACCAUAUAUGCUUGGGCAGAUGUCUCCCAUUUAAUAUUAGAAUUUGGGAGAAGCAUUUUUAUAUAACUUAACCUUUCCUCCCCCAUCUCCUAAGCUUUCAAACUGAUGUGUUACAGACAAUGAAUAAUCCCACAGAUUUGAAUGUAUCUGUUCAUUGUUAACUUUGGUAUUGCUCUGAAUGUUGUCCUGCAGCUCCAACAACCACUUCUGUUAUGUUAAAUCCAAGUUCCACAGCACCACAAUAAGAGGAAAUUUAAUGAGGUGAACGUGGUUGUGGCUUUUUUAAAUGUAAAUUACCUUUUUAGGUAUUUUUUUGUAGUAUGAGAACAGAGAGAUGAAGAUGAGUAGCUGAGGGGGUUGAACGGUGCAGUCAGCACGAAGUGCGGCUUCUCGUGCUCUGCUCUGAGACGCACCAUUGCCUCAAGGCUGGCAUAACUGCAUUCUGGAGAAGGAAAGAACCUGAAGAUCAGAAUAAAACACUGAAAUAAAGGAGAGAAUUGGACUGCGACGGCCGAACUCUGGAUCCUGGCCAUGAGGUUUGAUGCCUCACUUUAUUGAAGGGAGACACUGGACCUAAAUGGCGCAGCAUGACUUUGUUCCUGCCUGGCUUAACUUCUCAACACCACAGUCAGCCAAGUCCCCAGCAGCCACCUUUGAGAAACAUGGAGAGCAUCUUCCACGGGGUGAAGGCCGGUUUGGUGUGAGCCGUAGAAGACACAACUCUUCUGAUGGAUUUUUCAACAACGGCCCCCUCAGAACUACGGGAGACUGCUGGCAUCAGCCCUCCCUGCUCCGCCAUGAUUCUGUAGAUUCUGGUGUUUCUAAAGGAGCUCAUGUUGGGCUUUCUGGCAAUCAGCCUGGCUGGCAUGGUCCCUCACGGGGCCAUGAUGGUAUGAACCAGCGUGGUGGUGGAGGAACUGGAGUCCAUCGCCACUGGAAUGGCAGUUUUCACACUCGGAAGAACUCUGCCUUUCAAGAAAAGCUGCCUGUUGAGGUCAGGGAAGAGAGGAGAGAAGAUAAAGAGAAACUGCAGUUUGAGGAAGAAGACUUUCCAUCUUUGAAUCCAGAAGCUGGAAAACAGAAUAACCAGAGCAAACCUUUAGGGACACCUUCUGGAGUGUGGGAAAACCCUCCUAGUGCCAAGCAACCUACCAAGAUGCUGGUCAUCAAAAAGGUUUCAAAAGAGGAUCCUGCUGCUGCUUUCUCAGCUGCGUUUACAUCACCAGUUCCUCACCUUGCAAACGGCAACAAGACCACCACAAUUGUCCCAAGUGUCUACAAAAAUCUGGUUCCUAAACCUGCAGCACCUCCUUCUAAGCCAAGUCCGUGGAAAGCUAACAGAAGUGAACAUAAACCUGGCUCACUUUCCUCCAGCCGUGACUCUGCCUUUACCAGUCCGGUGUCUGUAACCAAACCAGCGGUACUGGCGAGUGGCUCAGUUCUCACCUCUCCCAAAGAGAGUCCUUCCAGCACCACCCCUCCCAUUGAGAUCAGUUCUUCACGCCUGACUAAGCUGAUGCGUCGCACCGCCGAUAAGAAAAGUGAAUUCCUGAAGGCGCUGAAAGAUGAUAGGAAUGGAGAGAUCACAGAGAACAGAGAAUGUGACAAGUUGGAGGAUAUGGAAGGCAGCAGCACACCAGAACCAAAGGAAAACUGGGAAGAGAAUUGCCAUCAGAAUGGCCUUUCUCUCCCUUUGAUGGAGGAGGGGGAGAACCUAUCUCAUUCACUGGAAGCAGAACACAGGUUAUUGAAAGCAAUGGGAUGGCAGGAGUAUCCUGAAAAUGAUGAGAACUACCUUCCCCUCACUGAGGAUGAGCUCAAAGAGUUCCAAGUUAAGUCAGAGCAGCUAAGAAAAAAUGGAUUUGGGAAGAAUGGAUUUCUUCAUAGCCGCAGCUCCAGCCUGUUUUCCCAGUGGAGAAGCACUUUUAAGACAGAGUUUGAGGACUCGGACACAGAAACUAGUAGCAGUGAAACAUCAGAUGAUGAUGCCUGAAAGUGGGCACAAAACAUUUAAAAAUGAAACCAACCCAAUAAACUCAGUUCAUAGUUCCACAUGUGUUUGGGGUUGUAUAAACUAAACAGAGUUUAUUCUGUCUCCAGUCUGUUCAGUUUUUCUUUUGUUGUUGAAUACUUCAUGCACAAGGGAAAUAAUUGUAUCCCAAAGAAGAGAGAAAUUGGCUUGUUUAGCUUUUUCUUUUGGUUUUGCCCUUCUGCUUAAUAGAAGUUUGUGCAGCUCGCAAAUUUGUGACGAAAAUCCCUCGUCAGGCAAUGCACAAAUUCAGUCUUGUAAACAGGAUACAGGUGACUGAUCUUUGCAACAAGCUUCUAAUAAUGCCGCCUGCAUUACAUAAUGUUGCGUGGUAACAAUGUGCUAAAACAAUCAUUGUCAAUGACAAAAUGGAUAUUGAAGUUCUAAUUGUGUUAAAUUAAUGCAAAUAACAUCAAUUUUUUUUUCUGGCUCGGGGAGCUUCAUCACUUAACCCAGGCGUUUGUGGUUUUCUUUUAUGGGUACAGCUGUAAAAUAUUUGGACAUAGGAAUUGUUUGUGUUCUUCUUGCAGCCUUGAUAUUCAGGGUGGAUUGUAAAAUAUAAAUUUUUUGUGAGAUUUCAAAGAUUAAGAUUAUUUUGAUAACAUUAUUUACAGAUUUAAAAAAGUGACUAUCACAUUGAGUCUGUAUGAGGGGGAAAAACUACUGCAUCAAAAAUAACUAACUUGGAAUAAAUAUUUUGCAUCAGUUUGCCAA